AUGAACUGGCCUGAAAUCCACCAUCAAUGCAUCGAGUUCAUUCGUUGGCUUAACUCAACCUCCAAGAUCAUCUUUCUCGUUAGAGAGGAGAAUGUCCGACAGUGGAGAGACUACGUUAACCUCGACGAAACCGUUGAGGCUAUCAAGAUUGAGCUUGAUCUCGGCAUAAAGGUCUUUGGCGAAAGCCGUCUUUUCAGAAGAGACUCUCAAGCCGACAUAACACAUCAUAUUCUCUAG